AUGGACGAGCUGGAGCUUCCCGCAGCCGUCAACCCCGGCAACUUCCCGGCCAAGCUGUGGCAGCUGGUGAACAGCCCGCGGUUCCGCUCCAUCCGCUGGGACGCCCGUGGCGAGGGGCUGCUCAUUGACCAGCCGGUCUUUGAGCAAGAGCUGCUGGGCGCCAGGCCAGGCCAUGCCACAGGGCCGGCCAGCGAUGGUGCCGACUUCUUCAAGACCAAGAACUUCACCAGCUUCAUCCGACAGCUCAACCUGUACGGCUUUCGCAAGGUGGUGGCAGGGCCGGCAGACGGUGUGGCAGGGCCCGGGCCUGAGCCGGGCCUGGGGCUUGGCGACGGUGACAGCUCCACCGGGCCCCUGCACCACUUCCACAGCCCCCACUUUCAACGCGAUCACCCCGAACUCCUCGUCAAGCUGAAGCGCCUGACGAGAGCCAACAAGGCGAAGCUGGCGGCUGGCCUGGAUGUGACCAGCCGCCCACCCAACCGCUUCCAGCGGAUGUUUGGCCCGUCACUGCACGGGGACCAGCUGCUGCCACCCUCAACGCUCGGCGAAGCCAACAGGCCUGGACUGCCGACUGUAGGACAGUUUCAUCAACCUUAUCGUCAAGAGAGUUUCUUUCCUUACUCCUACAUACCGACCUCAUACCAGAACCACAGCACCUUACUGACAGAAAGUUUUGAUUGGACUCCAGUCUCCUCCAGAACAUGGCAGGGUUCUCUGGGGCUGCUUCCAGGGCAUGAGACUUCCCCACCUUUUCCAGGUAGAGGGGUUGCCUUUCCGAGCCUCCGGAGGUGUCCAACAGAGGUGACGUACACAGUCCGGCCUGUCGUCUCUGUGCUGCCACCUAGUCAAUGGUCUAAAAGCUCUGCCACCUCCCUUCCAAACUACAGCAGCUACACAUCUUCAAUGCAGUACUCACAAACCUACUAUCCAACAGCUGCACUGCAGUGCUGUUCCCCACCUGCCCACUCUGAUCCUCUGACUGGCUGUGCUGGUCCUGCGGCUUCCACGUACUCCUGCUGCAACUUCUUCCAGAGUCCUCCAGUGCAUUCACCUUACACAGCUGAAUUUCUGCCCUCUAACUGGCCUUGUAAUACAUUUGAUGAAAACAAGAAGACAGAAGAAAACCUUGAAGCUCUGUUUCGGGUUGCUGAUGAGAUGUGUCCAUCACCCAAAACUGGCAUAGUGAAAGUGGUACCUGUGGAAAGCCUGUGCUCAACCCCUCAGUCUAGCGAAGGGCAACUGGUGAAUGUUGAGGAUAUUGAUACACCUUCUUCAACCGAGGAAAGCCAACUGGAAGCUCUUAGUCCUGUAGCUUCAGACGCAUCAUUUGUGGUGGGGGCAGAUCAAGCAGUAACUUGUUCUCCAUCCCAGCCUUCUGAAUUUCUUCAUGCUGCCUGUGCCACUGCAUCUGCAGAAGGGGCUGUUGCUGGGGUGAUGCAAGAAUUUGUGAGCACGCAAGAAGCCUCCGUCGUGUUUGUCCAGGAAGCACCUCUCAGUGCAGAGCAG